CAAAAUCCUUUUUUAAUAUUCGCCUGAGCAUAAAAAUGGUUCCAAAACUAGGUUGGUGCUUCCUUUUGGUCACUGUUUUACUUCCCAGGGAUAGCUCGGAAGCAAGCAUCGCCUCCACAGAAAGAUGCCCCAUUUCAAGUGAUGUGUGCUCUUGUGUUUUUAACAGUAACUCCUUUUACACUGUAAAAUGUAGAAACAUUAGCAGCGAAGAUAUAUUACGUGAAGCAAUCAGCAAUUUAAACGACAACGCAUUAUACCUGCAAGCAUCACAGUUGAACUUGAAAUAUUUUCCGUUAAAAAUGCUAAAUAAUGUUUCUUUGCAUACUUUAAUUGUAGCAAACAGCACUUUUGAAGUGUUCAGAGAUGUUUUGAAAGAUGAGACCAGCUUACCGAAUUUUGUGCUUGAGCACUUGUCACUGGAGAAUGUGACCAUGUAUAAUGACUGGAAUUGGAAUCAACUGCAUUCACUGAGAAGUUUGAAAGUUUUAUCCAUCUACAAUACUACUAUCGGAGAAAAAAUAACGUCUGAUCUCAGUAAAAAUAUUAAUCCGAAUAUAACAGCAAUUACCAUUGCUGAGAGCAAUCUUACGACCAUAGAAAGUGGGAGUUUCGACAAAUUAGAUGCACUAAAAUAUUUGAGAAUAUGCGAUAGCAAUUUAACGAGCGUUUCCAGAUACAUGCUUCCCGUUCCUUCGCAUAUAGAACAACUCCGAUUCGAAAACAAUAAAAUACAUUCUCUGCCAUGUGAUAUCUUCAAUGCCAUGCCCAAUUUAAAAGUCGUAAGUUUCAGCAAUAACACUUUAUCAACUUUACCAGAAGAAGUGUUUAAGCAAAUUUGGAGACCAGGGAUACACCUAGAACUAAGAGGAAAUCCAAUUAAGUGCGACUGCAGGCUUCUGUGGACAGUUACGUCGGAAACAAAGCCAGAAGAUGUUAUUGGUCACUGUACGUACCCGAAAAAACUGUUUGGAAAAAGUCUUAAAGAACUCACUGUUGACGAUCUAACUUGUUCUCAUUAAGCAAUCAUUUAAGAACUUUAUACAUCAUAUUCAAAACUUCGUCGAGAAAAAAUGUGAUAUAUAAAAAGAGUAUAUUUUAGGACUAGAAGAAAACAAUUCAAAGACAUUAAUUUAUAGAAAAAAUAAUAAUUUAUAGAUUUUUAUAAUGUUUCAAACUGAAAAAACAAGUUACUUGCAUUUUAAGAAAUUCAUUGAAGCCGUAACGACUUUUGUGUACUUCAAAAAAAUGUUUCGGAAUAAAAAGGUUUUGUACUAUGAAUAUUUCUGUUUGUUCCGCAAAUUUGACUAUUUUUUCAGUUUCCGGAACUC